AUGGCGCCCCAAGGAGACCAGUUCUCUGCGCCUGGCUCGGCGAGCUAUGGAUCGGGCACCAUGACUGUUGGAGAUGGAACAUGGGAGUUUUCAAAAAAUACCUAUCUGCUUCCUAAUCUCCAGGGCGUCAAUUUCGAUACGAUGCGGUACAAUGGCAUGGGUAAUCGUUUCGCUACUCUUCCUCAAUACCAUCGAGUCGUCUUAGCCCACGGCAUUAUGGGAGCCCUCAUUUUUCUCCUUUUUGUCCCCGUCUCGGUCAUGUUAGCCAGGUUCUACUCGCGAGAGCCGGGUUUCGCAGUCGUAUACCAUGCACAGCUCCAGGUCUUCUCUGGACUGAUGCUUCUAGCCGUUUUUAUCUUGGGUUUCUUCGCUGUCGGUCCGGAGCGGAAUUUAACAAACCCCCACCAUGGCAUUGGCGUUGCUAUUUUCGUCUUAUUCAUUCUGCAGCUUGUUGGAGGUCGACUGGUACGCCAUAUCACCAAAAUCAGGUCGCUUCGCAUUACAAUCCAUCAGUGGUCCGGCAGAGCAAUUGCUCUUCUGGGCAUCGUCCAGGUCCCCUUGGGCCUUACACUAUAUGGAUCACCCAAGUACUUAUUUAUUCUAUACACCCUCUGGAUGAGCUUCCUAUUCUUGGUGUACUUCAUUUUGAGCUAUCGAGCCGAGGGUCGCCGGGAAAUGUACCAUGGCGGGGCUCGAUCUGAAGCGGGCCACACGCGGGUGACCGAGUCUGAAUACUUCUCGCAAGGGCCAAGACAUGAACGGAGCAAUUGGAUGAAGUGGCUCGGUCCCCUUGCUGCUGGUGCGGGUAUUUGGGCCUUGUUGCGCCGACGGAAUCAGAACAAGGAGCGAGACCUCAGUCCCAGCAGAUCACGUUCCUUCAUUAGCAGCCGUGGUCCCGAAGUCCUUCCUUCGCGACGGGGUUCAGAAAGUUAUAUCAGCGAAAAGUAUUCCGAGCCGCCCAGGAGGAGUGGCGGCGGGGUCAUGGAAGUGUUAGCAACCACAGCCGGUGCUAUUGGUGCUGGAAAGCUGGUUUCUGGCAUGAUGAGUCGACGAAAUGACAGACGAGAUGAGGAGUACUCUGCUGUUUCAACCGAAACGCCUCGCCGGCAUAGGUCUGGACGAGGAGACGGCACCACCCUGAGCGAAUUUAGUAGUGAUUAUACGGACUAUCCGCGACGACCAGAUGAAACGCAGACAUCACUAUUGCCCCCCUCAGCAAACCCUCCGGGCAGAGGUGGUCCAGGACGACCGGUGACACCUCAACCACUUCAUUCCCGCGGCCGUGGUGAUUACGAAGACUCCGACUAUUCGUCAUAUGUGAGCCCAUCACGACGACCACGAGAUGACCGGCACGGAGGCGGCUUGGCCAAAGGUAUCCUUGGAGGCCUGGGAAUGGGUUGGUUUGCUAAGAAGCUUGCCGAUAGACGAGCCAGGAAAGAAGAAGAGAGAUAUCGCGACGAGGAAGACAUGAGAUCUGGGGUUUCUGGCUCUCGGUUUACUGGCGAUGGAUACCCGUCUCCUUCUCGACGGAACUCUCGACGGCCUCCUCCAGUGAGGCGAGGCACUGGACAUCCUGGAUCUUCAGCCUUAUCAGAGAUGACAGAUCUGACGGAGUCGUCGUUCGAUACACGACCAGUAGGAAGCUCAUACACUGCUGGCCCAACUUCAACACAAACUGGGACCGCCCCUCCAAUCGUUCCAGUCCCAGGACCUGGCGGCCAUUCUAGAUCACGGUCACGAUCACGCGCCAGAAGUGGAUCUGUUUCCAUGCCGCCCAUGCCACCAGACCCUCGGGGCGUUUUACAUUCAGAAGCCGAGUCACAGUCGCAACUGUCGUCUAUCGAUAGCCGGCCCCAGAGGCGACCAUCUGAGCGGCGGAGGCGGGCUGGAGAGCGAGCAGCCGCCGCCGCCGCAGCUAGAGCAGGCGGACUUGCUGCGUCAGAGAGAGAUCGAUACGGAUCACCCUCUAGCCAGCCUGUCAGCGUUAAAGUAAAGAUGCACGACGACAGGGAUAGAAAUGUCACCUUGCGUCGGUUGACUGAAGAAGAACAAAGAGCUGCCGGAGGGCAGAGAAGCCGAGCAGGCUCCGACAGCAGCGUCUCAGGCUUGGAAUCACCUAGCUAUGGCCGUGGUUACAGACGAGACUCGAGCCAGAGAAGAGCAGAGCGAUCAGCUGAACGAAGGGCGGAGGCACAGGAGGACCAGCUCGGUCCGUUGUCUCCCCCCAACCCUGCCUUUGCCAAGGGAUCAAGGAAAAACAAGGACUCAGCAUACUACUCCGGGCAACCGCAGCCGGGGCCAUCGGGAUCCUCUCCAAUGGCUCACGAAACGAUGUCUAGCCUGGGAAGCCCGGGCAGCCAUGCCACAUGGAGCCAAAUGACUCCCUCACCAAGUGGCCCUGGCAAAGGCAGCGACUCGGCGGCUGCAGAAGAUAGAAGACGCCGACGUCGACUUGAACGGCGAGGAGCUGGUAGUGCCCGGCCAUCGGAGCUGGAUAUGUUUGAUUAA